UUCGGGUGGUUAGGUUCCAUUCCUCUCCCAAGGGUGUUGCGGGGAUUCGAACACGAGUCCGUCCUACCAAAGCCAGUCCCCAUCACCACUAGGCCAACACUUACUUGGUCUUUUUAUCUGUCUUUAAAUCACACUCUUCUUUCUUCAUCUUCUCUUCAUCUCUUUCUCUCUUUUAUUACAAACUACACAGUGGUGGGUCCACCUUUCUCCAAAACUUCAUCAAUGGCGGCUGAAGAUUUCAAUAAACCUCACUCUCUUCCUCCAUAUCCUGAGUUCCUUUGGGCAGAUGAUUAUUACUGCUAUAGAUGCUUUAAAUGAGAAAAUGGGUUCAAACAAGACUUCUAUUUCGAAAUUCAUUGAAUCAAAGUACCAGAACCUGCCUGCUGGUCACUCAACACUGCUAAGACACCACUUAAAUAGGAUGAAAGACACCGGAGAGCUUAUUUUCUGGAAGAACAACUACAUGAAGCCUGACCCCAACUUCAUUCGUCGUGGACGUGGAAGGCCUCCCAAGCCCAAGGAACCUGGCAUGCCUACUUCUGGCGGUUCAGCUAGGCCCAGGGGCCGGCCCAGGAAGGACGAGUUUGGUGCUGAUGAAGUUCAAGUUCCUAUUCAAGUUCCUGGUGCUGCUCCCCCGAAGAAGCAGAAAAUGUCUCUCUUCGAGGAUUUUGAUGCCAACAUCGGUAUGGGAUCGAACACAAAAACUGGGAGGCCGAGAGGUAGGCCUCCAAAGGUGAAGCCUCAAAUGGGGGGUGAAGGGGUUUCAGCCUAAGCCCUAUGGUGAAGGAAUAGUGUUAGCUUGUAGCAAAGAUCACAGUUGUAGCAUUUAACCGGCUUAAUGUUUAUUUAGGACUUCUUUCAAGUUUGUAUGAUGUGUUGUGUGUGACCAGCCAUUGGUGGUGUUUAUUGCUUGGAGUGGUAGAUUGGGGUUGGAAGAAAGGCAUUGUAUGUGUAGGUGUAAUUUGGGUGUACAUUGUGAAAUUGUUUGUUUCUAAUUCUGAUGCUUUCUUGGUGUUACCUUUUAAAAUAGGACAACAUUUAUUCUGAUUUAAAGUACUUUAUAUGUCCUUUGUAUUUCAA